UUUAAAGGGGAUUGAAGUCUGGUAACCGAGCAGUUUAAACAGCGUCGUUAACUUACAAUGCUCAGACCUCAUGAUGAUAUGCCAACGAGAGUUAGUUUAAAUGUAGGUAACAUUUUUUUCCCCCUGAAGACAAGAUAUGGUCCGGCGUCUGCCUCUACUCUGACAGACUGAACGCGAUGCUCUGUUCUGUAUGAGCCUCUGGAAGUUGAGAAGCAGAUAAGUGCGCAUCCUUGUGCCAGACAAGGGUAAUGACCCAGUUAUAAUGGUAAACACUGCUUGUAAUACACAACUGCCUCAUGUCAGAAUGGGGGCCCUGGCAUGGAAGAGGUGUGUUGGAUGUGGAUGCAAGAUUUUGGACCGCUUCCUCCUGUUUGCUUUGGAUGGAUACUGGCACUGCCACUGUCUCAAGUGCUCCUGCUGCCAAGCCCAGCUGGCAGAAAUUGGCUCAUCGUGUUUCACAAAGCGUGGCUUGAUCCUCUGCAAAAGUGACUAUAUAAGAUUAUUUGGUAACAGCGGAGCCUGCAGGGCUUGCAGCAAAUCUAUCCCAGCAAAUGAAAUGGUUAUGCGAGCACAGGGCAAUGUUUUCCAUGUCAAGUGUUUUGUAUGUUCCAUCUGCCAUAACCAGCUACUACCUGGGGACCGCUUUCACUAUGCGAAUGGAAAACUGUACUGUGAACAGGACAGGCCAACAUCUUGUUUGCACAGAAACGAGCACUUGGAUUCACUCAGGGAGCACAACAUAUCCGAACCGAAGUCCUGAGCUCAUCUUUUUGCUGAGCUCCGAGAAAGAGACUCUAAUGGAGCUCCUGGUUUCAUAUUCAAUACCUCAUAUAACCUAGUAGUUGCUUUGUCAGCUACAGUCUAUUUUGUGAAGGUCUAAUAUUGUGGAAAUUCAAUGUAUAUGGUAAUAUCUGGCAGGUUAAAUGAGGUUAGCCAUUGGAGCUAUAAAGCAAUAUCAGCGAGCAUUCUUGCGUAUCAUAAUCAAUUAUGAAUUGAUUUUGCACAGAAUGACCUUUCUUAUAUUGUGAACCUGCAAUUUAGUGUUUGUUAGUUUUCAAAUAGUGAUGUGUUCUUCACUUUCAGGCAGUGAAAACACCAUCCUCCACUGGUGUGUGUGAGUGACGUUGAUCUUUUGUUAAUGAUACGGAUAUUCUUCCUGGUCUCCAAUUACAGUAUCACUGCAAUUAACCUGUUCAUAAAUCAAUUCUAUCCAGAGAGCCCAUGUUCUCUGUAUUUUUUUUAAAAUAGCACUUCAGAUGAUCUCUUGGAGAGCAUGAUGUUUUUUUGUUUGUUUUUUAAAUUAAUUAAAAGUAACAAUCUUUAAAGUGUGUUGUGAAGUAAUAUUUGCUUUUUUCAGAAUAAUUAAAAACCUUAAACUCCAUUAAGGAUCUCUUUAGUGAUAUGAGCUGUGUUGAUUCAUUUUAAAUGGUUUCUACAUAAUAUAUUGACAUAAUUCCUGGAGAACACCACCCUCUGUUGGCUGAAGUGAGAUUCUGUAAUUUUAGAAAUGCCUGUAAAUAAGCCUUUGUUAAAAGAUAUAAUAAUUUUCCAGUGAAAGCAUCUAUAAACAUGAUAGCUAUGUGCAGGAUUAAUACAUUAAAUUAUGCAUUAAGAAAAAAAAAUAGUGAGAACUUUUUAUUAAUGUUUACAACUAAAUAAAUAAUACACCAUAAAUGAUUAAAGGCUUGAUGUGUCAUAUAAGGAUGCCCUUAUCUGUAAUUAUUGUUAUAUGGAUAUUAUUAUAAUAUGGGACUCAUGCAGCCAAGAAGAAUGAUUGAUUUCUGCCUUCUUAACCAACCUGACUAUCUGUCCAUAUUUCUGAUGGGUAUUAUUGAUUCAUUAUUCUGUAUAAGGAUUCGUACUUAUGUUCUGCCUAUAAUCUAAAAUACAUUGGAUGCUACUAUAAAAUUGAAGCAUUAUGAAUACAAGU